CUACCGUCGUUACGUCAUCGCCUGCACGCUUUUUCUGCGCCUGCGCCCUGCUAGAUACGGUUGGUUUUUUUUUUUCGGUCUGCCGCUAAGGACGUUGGUGUGGAGGACGGUAACGACCAUGAGUUCCGGUGCGUUGGCAAAACCCCAGAUGCGGGGGCUUCUGGCCAGGCGCUUGCGGAUUCAUAUUGUUGGAGCAUUUGCUGUCUCCCUGGGGGUUGCAGCUCUCUAUAAGUUUGGUGUGGCUGAACCAAGAAAGAAGGCAUAUGCUGAUUUCUACAGAAAUUAUGAUUCCAUGAAAGAUUUUGAAGAAAUGAGGAAGGCUGGUAUCUUUCAGAGUGCAAAGUGAUAUAGGAAUAAAAAGGUUUCUUUGGAUUGGGUUCCAUAGGCAUUUGUUGCUGAUCAGUGUUCCUGAACUAUGAAACAUGAAUAUGUGGGCUAAGGAAUACUUAGGAUUCUCAUGACAAAUAAACACUUGUGUGGACAGUAAAA